CGUAUUUUGAAAAAUUAAAUAAAACCGUUAUUGAGUAUUAUUGUAGUACAGAAGUAUUGAAGACUUAUGUUCUUCGCAACAGCGUGUAAUAAUUCUAAGCUUUAUAGGCUUAAUUAAAAUUUGAAAAACUAUUUAAUAUGUUACCUUUUUUGUUACAUGUCAAUUUAUAUAGAAUUCACAAUAGUGUGUUGUGCUGAUACUCAAAAAAUUCAUAAUUAUUUUUACGUUUUUAAUUAGAUGAUGUAGAAAAUUAAAUUAUUUAGUCUAUAAUAAAUAUCUUAAUUUUUAUCAAUCUGUUUGCUUAAAUAUGGCGAUGGAGUUGUUAGAUAUGAAUGAAGAUUGGAAAUUGGCCAAUAAAUUAAGAGUAGAGGAUUCUGAACAAUUUUACACAUUAGUUCGAAUGCAUUUAUCUUUUAUCUUAGAAUCAAAUAUUAAAGAAGGAGAUAAUAUCGUCGAAGAAAAAUCCAAAAUAAAACCAAUUAAAUGGUCCUUUUUAAAAAAAGAUAAGUAUCCUGUUAAAGGAGUUAUGGAUGGAGCUCCAAUUACUCAAGAAGGAAUUUGUCAAGUUUAUCAACUAAUUGAUUUUUUAUCCCAAGAAGAAAACAUAAUUCAAGAAGGAAUAUUUCGACGUAAUGGGUCUAUAAACAGACAGCAAGAACUAAAAAGUCUUCUUAAUCAAGGUCAAACAUUAGAUUUAUAUAAUAGCCAAUUUACUGUUCAUGAUUGUGCAACAGUUCUUAAGUCUUUCCUAGCAGAGCAACCUGAGCCACUAAUGACUGAAGCAUUUUAUCCAGCAUACUGUCAAAUAUCAGAAUUUUGUCAAAAAAUGGAAGUUAAUAAUAAUGGACAACGAUUAUUGAGAGCGUUACAACUUUUGUUAUUAUUAUUACCAUUUGAUAAUUUAGUUUUAUUAAAAGAUAUAAUUAAAUUACUCCAUUUUACAGCAAAACAUUCUGAUAAAAAUCGAAUGCCACCUGAUAACUUAGCAACAUUAUUCACAGGGCACUUACUUGUUCCUAGAAAAUUACCAGCUGAAGAAAUAUAUGAAAACACUCGUAAUCUUUCACAAAUUGUCAUUUAUAUGAUAAAUUUAGGUUUUGACUUAUUUAAAAUUCCACCAAACUUGGCUGUAGAUAUUAGAGCAUAUUGGUCUAAAAAAACUUUACAGCCUGUUCAAGAAGAAGGUACUGUUGCCACAACAGUAUUUUCAUUUACAGACCGAACAACUACUACCAAAGAAAAUGAAGAAGAUCCAACAGUUAAAGCUUUAGCUGAAUUGUAUGCUCAUGUUCAAAGUUUACCAGAAUCAGCAGAAAAGCGUAGAAUGUUUAUUAAACGUGUCAGUAAUCAUAGUUCAGUAAUAACUCCAAAUAGAAGUUUAACCAACUCAAUUAAGAAACACAUAUUUAAAAAAGGAUCUAAAAUAAAACAUGGACCUAUAAAAUCAAAUGAAAGAGGAGAUGUAAAACUUUCUGAAGAAAAGUUCAAAUCAUCUUCAGCCACUUUGUCAGAUAAAGAAAAUAAGGAUGAUUCAUUUAAAAUAAAAAGAAAGGAUACUUCAAAGGAUUUACAAAAUAAAGAUACUAAAAAAUCAAAGGCAGAAGUUCAGUGUUCUCCUGAUCUAGAAUCAUGUAACCCAGUAGAUUGUUUUUCUACGCCUAACAUGGUGAAGCGAAUUAAAAGAUGUACAAGUACUCCUUCUGCUGUAACUCCUCAUCAAAGUCAUCCUAAUGAUGAUAUGUCCCCAAUAACUCAGUCUGCCCAAAAAAUGACCAAAUCUAUGCAGGAAACUAUGAUGACUCCUAGAAGUCGAAAACCAGUAAUUGCAUUAUCUAAUUCGAAUAUACAUAAAAUAAAGUCCUGUAACAAUGAUCUAAGUAUUACUAACCAACCAAGUAGUCAAAGCUUGAACUCUAUAUCAUCUAACCCAUAUUAUUUAAUGACUUCUGGAGAUUCUUUAUCCAGUUCUUUCAGAGAUUAUUUAUUCAGCCAAAGUGUAUUAACUGCUAGUCCAGUUGAUCUUAGUUUUGGUGAUACCAGCUCAUCUUCAACUCAAUCGUUACUUUCAGAUAUAGAAGAUAAUCUAUUGCAAUACCAGAAAUCCAAUACAUCUACUGAAAAUUUAACUAAAAGAAAGAGACUGGUUAAUGAGAAUGUCAAUGAAACAUUGUUAUGAAUAUUUAUGGACCUUUUGUUGAUACUUGUAUAUAUUUCUUCAUUCAUGUGUCUUCCAUUUAUAGAUUAUACAAUUCUAGAAACCAAAUAUUUAGAAUAAAAAAAUUGUGAAGAUAAAUUAUGAUAUACAAUGUUAACAUCUUAUAAUUAUGGUGCUGAAUAUUGUUUAAUGCUAAAAAAAUUAAAUGUGGCCAAUCAAUAAAAAAAAAAAAAAUGUAAAUCUAACUAUAAAUUUUCAACAAUCUUCAUUAGGUAUAUUUGUUUUAGUUGAAAACGUGAUUAAUAUGAUUGUAACUACACUAUGUUAAUAACAUUGUAUUUUAUGUCCACAUUGUAAUGUUAAGUAUUAUAGGUAUUGUUUAUAAAUUAUUAUAAGCUAAUAAUAAUUGAAAUUUCUUU